AAUUUAUAUAGUUUGGGGCAACACUACCAAUACCAAGAGAAAUUAUUAGGAACUAAACACUAUCUAUUAUUUGCUUAUCCAGCAUACUAUUUUAUUUCAAACUGGUUUCCUACAAAAAUGGAGAUUUUUAAAAUUGUCCUACUCUUUUCUAUCCUUGUUUCUCUAUCAUCUAUGGCUGCUACAACGAGUGUGGUUGAUUUUUGUGUGGCGGAUUUCAAUUAUCCCGUGGGGCCAGCCGGGUACCCUUGUAGGAAUCCGGCUAACCUAACAGUAGAUGAUUUUGUUUUCUCUGGUUUGGGUGUUGCAGGCAACACCUCGAACAUCUUUGGUGUAGGUGUCACUUCGGCUUUUGAUUUGACCUUUCCCGCUUUAAAUGGUUUAGGCAUUUCCAUGUCGAGGUUAGACAUUGGUGUGGGUGGAGUUGUCCCGAUCCACUCACACAGGGUAUCAGAGCUUAUCCUCGUGAUCGAAGGAGAGAUAAUUGCGGGCUUUAUGGAUUCAAGUGAUAAAGUAUACUAUAAAACAUUAAACAAAGGGGACAUUAUGAUCUUCCCCCAAUCAUUGCUUCACUUCCAAGUUAACGUUGGUAAAACUCCGGCCCUUGCUUUUGUUAGCUUGAACAGCGCGAGCCCUAAUUUUCAAACGACUACCACUUCUCUCUUUGCUAAUGACCUACCUACCAAUGUGAUUGAGAAGAUAACUUUACUUGACGCGAUACAAGCGAAGAAGUUGAAGAGGAUCUUUGGUGGCACGAAUUGAUACUUUUGAAUGUUUCUUUGAUCGAUUUUGUGUACAUCUUUAGAACGUACAUGAGAGAUUUUGUAAAAAAACUUGAAUAACAUGUAUAACUUGCUUGUAUACAUUGUUGUGUUAUUGUGCAUCA